GCUGGCCCGAGGGUGACUGGUUUCCGGCCGGUGGCGCUGCCCCGGCUACCGGGAGACGUGUAACGGACGGUGGGCCGCAGCCAUGGCCGAGAGGAAGCCUAACGGUGGCGGCGGGGGCGCGUCCGCCUCCUCGUCGGGCACUAACUUACUCUUCUCGUCCUCGGCCACAGAGUUCAGCUUCAACGUGCCCUUCAUCCCGGUCACCCAGGCCGCCGCCACCCCGGCCUCGCUGCUCCUGCCGGGAGAGGACUCCUCGGAGGUAGGUGAGGAGGACAGCUUCCUCGGGCAGACCUCUGUUCACGCGUCCACCCCGCAGACGUUCAGCUACUUCUCUCAGGUCUCGAGCAGCAGCGACCCUUUCGGGAACAUCGGACAGUCACCGUUAACGACGGCAGCGGCGCCGGCGGGACAGUCGGCCGCUCUCCCUUUCACACCUGGAUCCCAAGACGUCCUGAACGCGUAUCCGCCAUCCGUUCCCAAGGCUCAGUAUGGUGCUCCACCUUCCUCACAGAUGGGAGUGAAUACUUUCCUGCCUUCUCAGCCGAGCAGUCUCCCUCCUUCCACCUUUGGGAGCCCGCCCCAAGGAACCCCUCAACAAGGAUACAACCCGUACCGCCACACCCCGGUCAGCAGCCGGGCUAACCCUUACAUUGCACCACCACAGCUGCAGCAGUGCCAGAUGCCAGCCCACGCCGCGCCUCCCGCGCCCCCCGUGCCCUCCGUGCCCCCUGUGCAGAUGUACCAGAUGCUUCCCGGAUCCUUGCCGCCGGCCCCGCCUCCGGUGCAGUCGCCAGCGCAGCAGCAGGCGCUCGCCAGGCCUGCAGGUCCCUCUGUGCAGGGGCCGGCUCCCUUUCUCCUUCAGAACCAGUACGAGCCUGUUCAGCCCCACUGGUUCUACUGCAAGGAGGUGGAACACAAACAACUGUGGAUGCCUUUCAGUGUGCUGGACUCCAUGAAUCUUGAAGAAAUCUAUAACUCAGUUCAGCCAGACCCUGAGAGCGUGGUUCUGGGCACAGACGGCGGGCGCUACGACGUUUACCUCUAUGACCGCGUGAGGAGAGCAGUGUACUGGGAAGAGGAGCCCACUGAAGUGAGACGCUGCACCUGGUUUUACAAGGGGGACACCGACAGCCGAUUCAUUCCCUAUACGGAGGAGUUCAGUGAGAAACUAGAGGCUGAAUAUAAAAAAGCUGUAACAACGAAUCAGUGGCACCGCAGAUUAGAGUUUCCAAGUGGAGAGACCAUUGUUAUGCACAAUCCCAAGGUUAUUGUUCAGUUCCAGCCAUCCUCAGUGCCUGAUGAAUGGGGGACCACACAAGAUGGGCAGACAAGGCCCAGGGUUGUCAAACGUGGAAUUGAUGAUAACCUUGAUGAAAUCCCUGAUGGGGAGAUGCCUCAGGUUGACCAUUUGGUGUUCAUGGUGCAUGGCAUCGGGCCUGUGUGUGACUUGCGCUUUAGAAGUAUUAUUGAAUGUGUGGAUGAUUUUAGAGUGGUUUCUCUCAAGUUGCUGCAGACACAUUUCAAGAAAUCUUUAGAUGAUGGGAAGGUGAGCAGAGUGGAGUUCCUCCCGGUUCAUUGGCACAGCUCCUUGGGCGGGGACGCCACAGGUGUUGACAGGAAUAUUAAGAAAAUCACUUUACCAAGUAUUGGUCGGUUUCGUCACUUUACCAAUGAAACCUUGCUAGAUAUUUUGUUUUAUAACAGCCCCACCUACUGUCAGGUAAUUGUGGAAAAAGUCGGAAUGGAGAUAAACCGUCUACAUGCCCUCUUUAUGAGUCGGAACCCAAACUUCAAAGGAGGGGUCUCUGUUGCUGGCCACAGUUUAGGUUCUUUAAUAUUGUUUGACAUCCUGUCUAAUCAAAAAGACCUGAAUUCUUCCAAGUCCCCCGGGCCCCUGGCCGUUGCCAACGGAGUUGUGAAGCAGCCACGUUUUCAGGAAAAGCAGAUGCCCGAAGAACCAAAACUGACUUUGGAUGAGUCAUGUGACCUUGAUGUUGAAAAUGAAGAAGUCCUAACUUUGCAGGAAACCCUGGGCGCACUUAGCCUAUCUGAAUAUGUCAGCACUUUUGAAAAGGAAAAGAUUGAUAUGGAGUCUCUGCUUAUGUGUACAGUUGAUGACCUGAAGGAAAUGGGGAUACCCCUUGGGCCCAGAAAGAAGAUCGCUAACUUUGUAAAACAUAAAGCAGCCAAACUGGAACAGAGACGAGCUGCACCAGAACAGAAGGUGGUGGCGGCUGCUUCAGCCAGAGGACAAGAGGAAAGCGCUCAGAAGACUAAAGAUGCGGCUCCUGUCCCCUCGGAAUGUCACGAGGCCAAGAGGAAGCUUGCGGUUGGAGCUUGCGUUUCCUCCGUGCGAGUUGACUAUGAGUCUUUUGAGGUUGGCACAGGUCAGGUUUCUGUUGUUUAUAACUCAUUAGACUUUGAGCCAGAGAUUUUCUUUGCCUUGGGAUCUCCAAUUGGUAUGUUUCUCACUGUUCGAGGAGUGGAUAGGAUAGAUGAGAAUUACCGGCUUCCUACUUGUAAAGGAUUCUUCAAUAUUUAUCAUCCGCUUGAUCCAGUGGCAUAUAGGCUAGAACCUAUGAUUGUUCCAGAUUUGGACCUCAAAGCAGUUCUCAUUCCACAUCAUAAAGGCAGAAAAAGACUUCAUUUAGAGUUGAAAGAAAGUCUCUCUCGUAUGGGAUCUGAUUUGAAGCAGGGUUUUAUUAGCUCUUUGAAAAGCGCGUGGCAGACAUUAAAUGAGUUUGCCCGUGCUCAUACCUCUUCAACUCAGUUGCAAGAAGAAUUGGAGAAGGUAGCCAAUCAAAUCAAAGAAGAAGAAGAAAAGCAAGUGGUUGAAGCAGAAAAGAUUGUUGAAAGUCCAGAUUUUUCCAAGGAUGAAGACUACUUAGGAAAAGUUGGAAUGUUAAAUGGAGGCCGCCGGAUUGAUUAUGUUCUUCAGGAAAAGCCAAUAGAGAGUUUUAAUGAAUAUCUUUUCGCUCUUCAGAGUCACUUAUGCUAUUGGGAAUCUGAAGAUACUGCCCUGUUAUUACUCAAGGAAAUUUACCGAACAAUGAAUGUUAGUCCAGAGCAGCCCCAGCAUUGACCUGCCUUCAGCUUUACUGUACUGUCUUCACAGAAGGUCCGGAGUGAGGUGCAUCGCUGGGAGACCCUGCGAGGAUGUUCCCGGUCUGCUCCUGCGAUGGUGCCAGAAAAGUGACUUCAACAAGUGCUCAGAGGGAGAAUCCAUUGGGAAGAAGAUAUGCAGCCAACGGACAGAAGCAAAUGAGUGCCACACUUGGACAGCGUAGAUGAGAAAGUGUAAUUAUAACAGUGACUCAGUGAGAAUUUCUCAGACCAGUUUAGUUGUGAAAGAUGUGUGAUAACAAUGAAGAAAACCUUGUAGCAUGCAAACGGUUACUUCUGUCCCUUAAACCAUUGUGGGCUAUUAAACUUGCAUUUUUCUUUUUAUUAAUGUAGUAUUUUCUUUUUAUUCAACUAUGGACUUCUUGAGAAACUACAGUGAUAUGAUUUUUAGGAAAUUUAUGUUCUACUUGAAGUGUGAAUUGUGGCUCUGAGCUGCCUUACUUGUUAAGAGAAGUAACCAAGAUCACUUGUGCCCAGGUGGGCUGGACGCUGCUGAGAGCCUCCUUGUGAGCGAGCUGGUGCGCCUCGCUCUCCCAGCAUGCUCUGCUCCAGCAGGGAGGGAAGCAAAUGAGAGCUUUCUGUGUUGUCUUCUGAGGCAGCUGGGUAUCGCUGCGUUGCCAAAGUUCCAAUUGGUGUGAGAACCAAAGUGGAGCUUUUAGGGUUUUUUGUUCUGUGUUGAUUCCAGUUAUACCAAAGUGUUGGAAAGUAUGAAAUGUAUUUCUUCCAGGCUGCAAGUCUACUUCCCGAGAAGACUGCUCUGUACUGUUUCACUUUUGUUUCUCUGUACAUUGAGAUUAUCUAGAUGUUUUCCUAAUACUACAUGGGAAUGCUGAUUUUUCUUCUUUUGUGAUAAAGUAGAAACAUUUUACAUUGUUUACAUAGUUCUCAUGGAACAUGGAAUUUUUUGAAAGUGACACAAUACACAUUUUUUGUGUAUAAAUUCUAAUUAGUGUGAAUAAAGCAGUAACAUCAAUGCAUUUUUUAAAACAGCAAAUUUCUGUAUUUCUCUUACCUUCCUUGAAAGUAUUUCUAUGACUUUAACGUCCAUUCCAUUUCUGUUGUGAGUACCAGUUAGGUAGUUAAUAUGUGACAUCAGCAUUGGUGCCUGGUAAUAGGAGUAGAACAGGAAAGCUUUAGGGGAGCAGUUGACCCCAGACAGCACGUGUGUGUGUGUGUGUGUGUGUGUGUGUGUGUGUGUGAGAUAUCUCUUUCAGCUGCCUCAGUCUCCGUCAGGAUGCAGCAUUCAGUGCUUCCAGACGGCUCGGUGGCCAGCCUGGACAGGAAUAGUUUCCUCUGCUCCUUUCCAGCCUUCAUAUCUCUACCCCAGGACUACUGCUUUUCACUUAAUUUUUACCUAACUUCCCUAAACUGGUGAAAUAAGAAAAAAAAUGAGGGUUAUCUGUGUAUAUUUUAAUAAACUCCUAUUUGAUUUUUUUCAUCUUA